AGCGCAGCAGCAUGCGGCUGCUUUUCGAGGCAGCGGUUCUGUGCCUGACGCUGGGCUUGGGGCAAUGCACCGAGGAAAGAACCCAAGAAAACACCGUCCACCAAGCUCCCCAAGCAGAGGCAUCCUACUCAGAGUGGGGCAUCGGGGCCAUCCGGGACAGCUUCGAAACGGUUAACAGCUACUUCGACUCCUUCUUGGAGCUGCUUGGGGGGAAAAACGGCGUUUGUCAGUACAGGUGCCGGUACGGGAAGGCUCCAAUGCCGCGACCUCACUACAAACCCCAAGAACCCAAUGGCUGUAGCUCCUAUUUUCUGGGGCUCAAGGUACCCGAAAGUCUAGAUUUGGGCAUCCCUGCCAUGACCAAGUGCUGCAACCAGCUGGACGUCUGUUACGACACCUGCGGGGCCAACAAAUACCGCUGCGACGCCAAGUUCCGCUGGUGCCUCCACUCCAUCUGCUCUGACCUCAAGCGCAGCCUCGGGUUCGUCUCCAAGGUGGAAGCUUGCGAAUCUGUCGCAGACACGGUGUUCAACGCCGUCUGGACCCUGGGCUGCCGGCCCUUCAUGAACAGCCAAAGGAGUGCCUGCAUUUGCAGCGAGGAAGAACGAGAUGAACUGUGAGGAAGAGCAGACGCCCGGCACCCGUGAGCCUGCUGCCAAGUCUCCUCUCUCUGACACCGCACUUCUUCACGGCGAUUUCCACCAGCCCCCUGGCCUCGGACGGGACGGGGGGGACCUGGGCCAAGCAAUACUCAACAGCUACAGCUUUUGGGGAGGGGGCUGCGGAAGGGGAGACAGCCGGUGAACGCGGGGCAGCGGUGCCCACUGUCCACCACAGAUGCAGUUCAACAGCCCUACCCCCUUUCCAAGUUCCAUCAGCCUGAAUGAUCCGACGCCAAUUUUCUCUACAGACUGAUCGGGAGAGGCAAGCAAGAUGCAGCACUGGUUAUAAACAGGGGGCUUUACUUGUUUGUUUGCCUUAGACACAUGUCUAUCAGCUCCCCUCCGCCCCUUAACUCUCUAACUUGCAGUGUGAGGCAUUAGGUUUCUUCAACACCCGAAAAUCCCAGUCCACGGACACACUGUCUACGUUUUUCCACCGCUGGUGACAGACUGAAGAGGAGGGGUAAUUUGCUUUCAGUACGUUGCUCACACCCACCCCUUACACUUUCCACCCUAUUGUUACACACCCUGACAACCCUGCUUAUUUAAAUACUUGGUGGAUCCUAAAAAGAUUUAAAACGUCCCGGGAUCUGGUAAGCACGAGAAGGACAUUUAAAUGUUUGUGCUACAGGCACAAUUCACAUUUGGGCAGAAGGGGACCAAAGCCCAUCAUGUCUGACGUGUGAAAUCACAGCAUGCUCCCACACUCUCCGGAGAGGAAGCUGCUUUUCUUUUGCAGUGUCAUCUAGAUCUAUUUAAUUAUUUUCCUCCUCUAUCGUCUAACAGAUCUCUUCCCUUAGGAUCACUUUUUACACAAAACUGCUGGGUGGCCACCUCCAUCUUUUGCACGAGGGAAAACAGGAGGCUCACAGUUGCCUCAGAUGAGAUAUUCCAAAUCCUGGAGGCUUACCUGUCAGGUGGCAGGGUUUACGUGCUACCUCUGCAGGGCAGGGACACUUCCAGCCGCGGAGCGAUCAGCAGCCUCAGACGGCAUUCUUUCUAAAACGCUGUUAAUACUUCCAUCUGUUAUUGGGAGCUUUUAUUGCAUGCAAAAUUAAAAUUUAGAGAGGUAAAUGGGAUCUCAUCUACACAUAACAUUUGCAGACAGCUUUCAUCUGUGCUUCUUGUUGAAAAGAAGUUGCUACUGGGUGCUCGUGCCAUGCCACAUAAAUACUUCAGCAUCUUCUGCAAACGUAUUUACGGUUAUGUUCUUCCAUCUGCCACAGAAAAGUUAAGGCUACAGAAGGGUGAUUUAACAAGAAUGGAAAGAGUCUGUUUUAGUUACCUCUACUUUGUGUUUAAAUGCAUGCACGGAGCUAUAAAUUAUUUAGGACCUGUA